CAUUAAUGCGCUCCUCUUAAACCUGCCGCUCAAGGGAGACGCACAGAGGGCGGUCUAAAGAUGGGAGCUGGAAGAAGAAGUUUGGGAGGUGGGGGCGGAGGAGGUGGUGGAGGAAGGAACCAAAGAUUACUUAAACAUCGCGUAGACUCAUGCAAGAAGAAAUUCUCAACCGCGGAAGAUAUAGUGCACCACCUCCGCCAGCACCACUCCGACUACCGCCGCAUGGAACUCCGAACCUUGACUAGGCUUGUUCACCAAAUUCUAAAUUCUUCAUCACCAUCAUCGUCUCGCCAACACCACAAAUCCGGAAGAUCUUCUUCUGCUUCUCCUCGACUACAGGAAGGGGAAGAUGAAGAUAGCAUUUUCAACAAUCCCAGUCAAUUUCGUAAAAAAAGGAAGCGAACUGAUGAGAGCGAAGAGAGAUUGCUGCAAAUAGAGAAUGAUUAUUCGAAAAGAAUCGAUCGGAAUCCACCGUCCGCCUCGUCUUCUGAGUCGGACUCAGAGUCGCAGCCUUCUUCUUCGGCUGUUUCGACAUCGGAGGAUGGAAUUUACGGAGAGCAAGUGGAGCCGAAGAUUGAUUUGAUGCAAUCGAUGUUGCGGGAGAGCUAUGCCGCUGAAUCGAAAGGGAAAGAGAAGAAUAUUGAAGUAGAGGUUGCGAGUAGUGCUAAAACCAUUAAUAAGAUUGACAUUGUAAAUUCACGCAAAAGUGAAGAAGACGCAGAGAGAUUGGGAGCUAAUGUGACAAAGGAAUGGAAAGGGAAAGGAGAGGUUUCGAAUACUGCAAGCGUAGAGGCGAAGAGGAAAGAUGGGCCGAGGUUUAGGGAUUUGGGGGGGAUAAGUUCAGUGUUGGAGGAGUUGGAGAUGGAGGUUUUUUUGCCGCUGUAUCAUCCACAUGUGCCGCAGCGGCUUGGAGUGAACCCGAUAGGUGGGAUUUUACUGCACGGGCCGCCGGGCUGCGGCAAGACCAAACUGGCUCAUGCAAUUGCUAAUGAGGUUGGAGUUCCCUUUUACAAGAUUUCAGCUACUGAGGUCGUCUCCGGCGUUUCAGGUGCAUCGGAAGAAAACAUCCGAGAUCUUUUCUCCAAAGCAUACAGGACUGCACCAUCAAUCAUUUUCAUUGAUGAGAUUGAUGCAAUUGCUUCAAAGAGAGAAAACCUACAGAGGGAGAUGGAGCGAAGGAUUGUAACGCAAUUAAUGACUUGCAUGGAUGAAUAUCACAGACUUAUCCUACCAGCUAAUGCAAAUUCAGACUCUGAAAGCUCUAAUAAAAAACCUGGCAAUGUUCUUGUAAUUGGAGCUACCAAUAGGCCUGAUGCUAUUGACCCUGCACUGAGGAGGCCUGGAAGAUUUGAUCGUGAGAUUAGGUUAGGUGUGCCAGAUGAGAAUGCGAGGGUUGAGAUUCUUUUGGUCCUAACUAGAAAAUGUACUCUUGAGGGUUCUCUUGAUCUUUUGCAAAUAGCAAGGUCUACGCCAGGAUUCGUUGGAGCUGACUUGGAUGCUUUAGUUGACAAGGCUGGUAAUCUUGCCAUGAGGAGAAUACUUGCUCAGAGAAAGUCUGAGCUAACUAGAGAAUACUCAGACAAGGAAAGCACUGAAGAAUGGUGGAAGAUACCUUGGUUGCCCAAGGAGAUUGAAAAGCUUGCCAUUACAAUGGCUGAUUUUGAGCAAGCAGCUAAGAUGGUUCAACCAUCUUCAAGAAGAGAAGGAUUCUCCACCAUCCCUAAUGUAAAGUGGGAAGAUGUUGGUGGGCUUGAAUCUAUAAGGAAUGAGUUUGAUCUUCAUAUAGUUAAGCGCAUAAAAUUUCCUGAGGAAUAUCAGAAAUUUGGAGUGAAUUUAGAGACCGGAAUUUUACUUUAUGGCCCUCCGGGCUGUGGUAAAACACUGAUUGCUAAGGCUGUUGCUAGUGAGGCAGGCGCUAAUUUCAUUCAUGUCAAGGGUCCUGAACUUCUGAAUAAAUAUGUUGGAGAAAGUGAACUGGCAGUUCGUACAUUAUUCGGUCGUGCAAGGACAUGUUCACCAUGUGUACUUUUCUUUGAUGAGGUGGAUGCUUUGACAACAAAGCGUGGGAAAGAAGGAGGCUGGGUCGUUGAGCGGCUGUUAAACCAGUUACUUAUAGAGUUAGAUGGUGCAGAUCAGCGGCCUGGUGUUUUCAUCAUCGGUGCAACUAACAGACCUGAGGUGAUGGACCCAGCUGUCUUACGGCCUGGUAGGUUUGGAAAACUUCUCUAUGUCCCUCUGCCCAGUUCAAAUGACCGUGGAUUGAUCUUAAAUGCUCUUGCAAAGGGAAAACCUAUUGACCCUAGUGUGGAUUUGAGAGCCAUUGGUCAGAUGGAUGCUUGUGAAAAUUUAAGUGGCGCUGAUCUUAAGAAGCUGAUGGAUGAAGCUGCAAUGGCUGCAUUAGUUGAAGCAAAAAGAUUGAGCUGCCCAUAUGAGAGCUCAUGCACAAUCAAGGUCACUCAUUUUGAGCAAGCAUUAAGUAAAAUAUCUCCAUCUGUGUCACAUAAGCAAAUACAGUACUACAAGGUUUGGUCAGAGAGCUUCAAAACCGCAUGAUAGAGAUAGAAACCGCAUGAUAGAGAUAGAUACCAGUAUUUACAAGUCAUGGUUCAAUAGUAUGUGCCUGGCGCUGGCUGCGGAACUUGAGAGCCAAUCCUCGUGCUUGGUUUCAAUGACCUGCGUUGCCCACCAGGAUUAAAUUUUGUUGCGCUGUCUUAUAUUACGGAUUUUGAAUUUUCGGGCUUUCAAAUCAGUGGAAAAGCAAUAUGCCUUUUGUAGAGAUUAUUUUAUUUUAUUAUUAUUUUUUUUUUUUGGCGACUCUAUCGCUUCCCGCAUUGGUUGAGGCCGAUGAUUACGUCUACCCUGUUGCUACAGUCGAUACAUCUCAGUCAAACAAAAGGAUGUAUACUUUGCUGUGCAUGAGUUUUUCUUUA